CGUAGGAGGAACCCAUGUAAACAUUGAAGAUUGGUUUUCACGAAAAUCAAAAUCAUGGCAUUUUUCUCAUGAUUUCGGGGAUCUGCUGGUGUUUUAGGGGCUGGAAGGUGGACGAGGGUGUUGUGUUGUUGUUUAAUCAGCAAGAAAUUCUUUAAUAAAACACCUGUGAUUUAGAGAAGUUUGGAAUUCUACAGUUAUCUUGAAAAAUGUCCUCCCACAAGUUUGAGUUAUUGGAUGAGGAGGUUGAGGCUCUCCUGGACCAAGUUGCAGACAAGUUAGAGUUUGCCAUUGGAAGAUGUAAGAGUCAGGAAGAAAGGAAACGCAUCUUGUCAGAAAUUGAGAGGUCCCUCAAUGACGCAAGUGGUUCCCUGCUCGAGAUGGAUAUAGAAGCAAGAAAAGCCCCGGCCGAGUUCCGUGGGACGAUGGCAAAUAAAGUGCAGCGAUACCAAAAUGAAGUCACAAGGUACCAGGGCCGCCUAGAGCAGGAGAGGUCCUCACAGAUGGCAAUGAGAGCAGCUCUCUUCAGUAACUCAGACAGUAAUGACAACUUUGACAAUGAAAUGCGAAGACAGGUACAACAAGGCACUGCCAUCCUUGAACGCACAUCAGCCAGUAUUGCACGUUCCACUGCCAUUGCAGUGGAAACGGAGAGAGUGGGGACAGAUGUUCUAGGGGAGCUGGGCACACAGAGGGAGACACUCACGCGCACGAGAGACAGACUCAUAGACACAGAUGCGGAACUAAGCCGAAGCAAAAGGAUUAUCCGAUCCAUGUCACGUAAUGUCUUGUACAAUAAGAUACUGUUGAUUCUUAUCAUUAUUCUGGAGUGUUGCAUACUAGGUGCAGUGAUUUACUGGAAGUUCUUCAUGAAAUGAGUACUGACUAAAGUAGUGAUGCCAUCUCACCUUCCACUUACAGCAUUAGCCUAGUAUCAGAUACAGAAAUAUGCAUCUUAGGUUUUGAUAAGCGCAUAUAUAGGAGGGCCAUAUUUCUUUCAUUUCUUUUUAUUCCCUUCAUACUGGACUAGCAAUGAGUCAAUUGCCUUGUCUGUCCUCACAAAAAUCACUCGGUCAUUCCAACACAGCCAUUACUCAUUUAGCCAAAGGAGCUGUACUUUUUGCCUCUUCUGCCUUUUCCCAAAGAACAACAGCCUGAAUGUGAGUGUACAGUGUACAGGCUUUGUACUCUAGUGUUGUUUACCAAAGCAUGUCAUAGGUAUAAGCUUAUUUUGAUACGUGCAUAUGCUUUGUUAAUGGGUAAUAGUUUGUUUGUUUUUUUCUUUUUACUUCGUUCCCCCUUUCUUUUUAUUCUUUUCUUUUGGCUUGAUAUUUGUAAGAUUCAAAGAAAUGACAGUUUGCAUGGUUGUUAUCUGUUGUAUUGUAUUUCUAAAGGUUUAUCACAUAGCUAUUCCAUUCAGUUUCUUGGAACAAAGACAUAUUUAUGAGACUUUAAAUGCAUGUAGAAUAAACAUGUCACUAUAUAUUUUUUUUUUUUGCAAGAAUGUUAUAAUAGUGGUUUGCAAUCAAAGGUGAUUUACUGGUUAUGGAUAGCAUUUUAUACUAAUGAUUGUUUAUAUAAGAAGUCUUGUAGGCACUUAUUAUUUACAUAGAAGAUGCUCAGAGUGUCUUGUAUAUUGUGUAGAGACUUAAGAUUUAGAGUGAAGAGUAAUGAAAAUUUGCAUUGCUUUAAUCAGAUAACCAGUGAACUUAAUUUUGCUAUUUUUUGAUGUACUGACAGUGUAUAGGUGUUUUGUUACCAUGACUCCACAUUUAUCAAACUGGUAUAAGCUUCCUCAGGUGGCUUGCAAGUGAUGCAAUGGCCGUUCUCACUCCUUUUGGGUCAUUCAAAGGAGAACUUACCAGCUCUUCUUUCUUUCUCCAGAAAGUAAAGGGAAAACUUCUGUUUUUCAAUUUUCAGUUAGUGAUCUUGGCUGAACUAGUGGCAUAUAAAAACCACUGUAUCCGUUCUGUUUAAAUUAUUGUUGUUAUUCACCUUUAUUACUGUAUUCUGUAAAUAAUU